AUGACAGAAGAAAGCUCUUAUGAUUACUUGUUCAAAGUAGUCGUCAUUGGUGAUUCUGGUGUAGGAAAAACAAAUCUACUGAGUCGAUUUAUUCACAACACAUUUGAUUUCGCAAGCAAGAGCACGAUUGGAUUGGAUUUGAGCAUGAAGAAUAUAAUCAUUAAAGAUAAAAGGGUUCGAGUGCAGAUAUGGGAUACGGCAGGCCAAGAAAGAUACCGAAGUAUCACUAAACGAUACUAUAGGGGUGCUGUAGGUGCAUUACUUGUGUAUGAUAUUACAAAGAGAGAAUCAUUUAUGAGUAUACCAAGAUGGCUAAGCGAGAUCAAAUCGAACGAAGCACACUCAGAGAGCAUCUUCAUGCUGGUGGGCAACAAGUCAGAUUUAGAAAAAGACCGACAAGUGACAGUAGAGGAAGCAUUAGAGUAUGCAAAAGUAAAUGAUCUGGUGUUUAUGGAAACAAGUGCUCUACAGAGCAUCAAUGUCGAAAAUGCAUUUGAUUCACUUAUCCAUACAAUAUUUGACAAGUUAUCGAGUAAAUUGACCACGAUGGAUGAUAAAAAGACAGAGUUUCUGAGAGGCCAGACUGUUCAAUUAAACAAUACCGCUCAUCAUAAUAAGCGUUAUAGUAAUAAUUCAUGUGCGUGCUAA